AUGAGGAAACCAGCAUGGCCGGUGAUCAGAGACACAACUGUGGGAUAUGCGAAUUGUAAGCAGAAAUAUACAGGGUCACCCAGGGUGUUUAGAGGUAAGCGAUGUGCCUCCACAACUCGCUAUGCUAGCUACCAAAACGGGGGGUGUGGGUGUGACACUGCCUCGGGAGACAGCCAAUAUGGAUGGAACCACGACCAUUUUGUGAUGGCAGUCAAUCAGAACUUCUUUGACGAGGGUAAUAAAAGCCGGUGUGGAGAGAGAUGCGGAAAAUGUGUCAAACUGACCACAACAGGUGGUUGGGUUCCAGAACACGGGGGACCAAGCCUUCAGGGACAGUCCCGAAUUUUCAUGGUAACCAACGUGUGUCCCAACGCUUACCCCAACCAGAACUGGUGUAACCAGGGGACCGGUCCCUAUGGCAACGGCCACAACGAUUAUGGAUAUGUAGCUCACUUUGAAUUGGAAAACGGCGGCAAUCAAAUUCAAAAUAUAGGCUGGAACAACCCGGAAGUGACGUGGGAGAUAGUUUCUUGUGACGGAUACAAGACACCUACUAGGGGAAUGUAUCAACAAUGCGAAUGUUUUCAUCAUGGAAAGCGAGCUCUGAACAAAACUGAACGGUUCUAAAAAUCAUUAUGUUAAAUGACAUUACUUAAUAAAAUCAAAAGAAACCUGAUGUUGCUGAGGGUGUCGGAUCGUUGUUGUGGGGAAAAAAUUCAGUAAACCAGGGUUCUCCAUCAGCCUUUCUGUUGCGCGACUCCGACACAGUAAAAUGUUGCGACAUAGUAAAAAAUCAUAGUACUGAUAGGCGGAAGCAUGUUUGUUAGUACAAAAGUAUCUGAACUUGACCUUUGAACCUUUGAACAUCAAUAAGGAUCACACAUUCUUUCAGAGCAACCACUGUCCCUAGUUAACUUAUUGUCAAAUAUUCUCAAGACAUAAUUAUUUAGUUGACAAUAUUAAACGAUAUUGUACUAGUUUGGCCUUGACCUUUGACACAAUAAUCAAAAUGGUCAAAAAAUUCUUCUUUAUAGGGACAAACACUGUACCAAUGCUAGAUAUCUGCUAGCUAUCAAGCAUUAUGUUAUUUUGUCAAAUAUUAAGCAGACAUCACUUGGUCUACAAACGGGACCAAGAUCUUGGUAUGAAACAAUGUCCCUUCCUUUAUAAAAGGGGGUAUAAAAGCAGUAGCCACAGGCAAGUUUUCAUGGCUAUUGGUACUUUGCGGAACGGAACGAAACGGAACGGAACCGAUUGUGGGGUACCCUAAGGGGAAUCCACUGUAAAAAGAAGUUGGUUGUAAAUAAAAUACUGGACUUUAAACUUCUAGUAAUAUACAUAACUGUGUCCACUGAUGCUGGCCUAUGAAAAGUAGAGAGUCGUAAAAGAGAAUACCGGGAUUUAAAGUUUUAUUUUUUUUAAAUAUACAAUUGUGUUCAAUCAUCUGAACUCUACUUCUACGUCGAUAUCUGUAGUUAAUGUAUAAACUAUGUUUAAUUUUCGAUUUGCAUUUAUUACUGAUAUAAAAUGGAUAUUUUCUGCGCUGGUUCCGUUCCGAAUCUUAAGACA